AGUUGCGGUUUUGAGAUCAUUGUGAACGUUACGUUUUAAAUUAAAUACGGAAAAUUCGACUCCUACAACAUCAGCAGUAGAAAAAGUGCAAAUUAAAUAUUAUGAGAGUGGAUUUGUGUGACUAGAAGAGCUCUUUGAUUUAAAUAAAUCUUUAUGAAAGCGAAUCACUAAAAGAUUUUACAGUGUACAUGUUCAUUUGAAGCUGAAAUAAAUAAAAACGACAAAAAAAAGAACACUUGACCCGUUUGUUUAAAACGAACAGAAGACAGAGAUUAUUUAAUUUAAAAUUUACUGAUUUCCUAUCAUAAAUAGCAAAAAUUCAAUGAAUUGUGAAAAUAUUUUUAAUACUGAGAAUAUUUUAAUUUACCAUAUAUUUUAAAUGCACAAGUUAAAUUAAUCAACUGAAACCAAAUACGAAAACAACAAAAUAUCAAAUAAAAGAGACGCAAUUAAUUAAUUUUGUUUUUACAAAAAGACACAAGAAAAAAAAAUAAUACAAAAAAAAAUUACUUGUUAUCACAUACCAAGUACUUGUGUCUAACCCUCAAAAAAAAAUUCAUAUAAAUUGUUGUUGUUUCAAUUAAAUUCUUUAAUUAAUAAAGUUCAUUUCGUACAUAAUUAUCCAAAGAGCUCUUAAAACCACAUAUUAAUUGCAUCAUAUAAAACUGUAAAAUGGUACAAAUUUAAUUAAAUACAAGAAAGAAACAAAAACAAAAACAACAACAACCUAAACAAAAAAGAACAACAAAUUUUAUUAAAAUUAUAUGCCAAGACUAUGAAAUGUUUAUUAAUGUGUUUGUGGUUUAGCUUUCAAGCAUUUUCAUCAUUACAUUUUUGUGCUUAUUAACUAAUGUCUAAAUAAAUUAAAUAAUUUAAAAGAAAAAUAUUUAAUAUUAUUAAAUUAAAAGUAAUACACGCUUUAUAAAAUACCACACAAUAAAUAUUUGUUUUAAUCGUCAUUAAAUAGAAAAAAAAAUAAUAAUAAGAAACAGCGGGGACAACAACGCCAUUAUCAACAUCAUCAUCAUCAUGAAAAGUAAAAUGAUGAUAUUUUGCCAUCAUAAUGGCGGCAGCUAUAGAUUUUUUGCAUUUCUGUUAUUGUUGUCGUUGUUUUUAAUUUUAAUUAGUGUAUCCUGUGUGUCAGGUGCACGUCAUGAUCGUCAAAAAUCAACAAAUAUGGAGGCAAAAGUUGGUUCAUAUGCUGUUUUUAAUUGUUAUAUUGAUUUUCCAUAUGAUUUUCCCAUACCAUAUGUAGUACACUGGAGUAAAGAUGAUAAAAAAAUCUUUACCUGGUACGAAGGUGAAGCAUCAGCAAAUGAAUUAUAUAACGGACGUUUAAAUAUCAUUACAAAUCAUGAAGAUUAUGGUAAAGCAACUGCAAAUUUAACUGCAAUACGUGAAUCAGAUCAGGGUUGGUAUCACUGCCAAAUAGUAUUUCCCAAUCGUACACCAAGUAUACGCAAUAACGGUACAUGGUAUUAUCUGACGGUACAAGGUGGCUCUCUCAUAAAAAUACCACCAGUGAAUCAAACAAUUAUGGAAGGACAGACAGCAUUCUUUCAUUGUGUCAUGAAAUAUCCAAAUACAUCAGAGACCUCUUGGUAUAAGGACGGUGUUUUAUUGCAAGAUAUACCCGAUCUAAUACAUCGUUCACGUUUGAGUCCACAAGGCAGUUUAAGUAUUGAUCCAACUAUGAUGAGUGAUUAUGGUGAAUAUGAAUGUCAUGUACGCAGUAAUGAUGAUGAAGUCCAAACCGCCAAAGCAUUUCUUAAUAUACAAUAUAAAGCCAAAGUAAUUUAUGCACCACCAGAGGUUUAUUUACCAUACGGUCAGCCAGCAGUUUUAGAUUGUCAUUUUCGUGCGAAUCCACCAUUAAAGAAUCUUAGAUGGGAAAAAGAUGGACUACUCUUUGAUUCAUACAAUGUACCAGGUGUAUUCUAUAAAAUGAAUGGUAGUUUAUUCUUUUCAAAAGUUGAUGAAUCACAUGCUGGCAGUUAUACAUGUACGCCAUACAAUGAUCUGGGUACCGAUGGUCCAUCGCCUGUCAUUAAUGUAAUUGUUUUGCGACCACCAAUAUUCACAAUAACACCGAAAGCAAUUUACAUACAGAAAUUAGGUGAAACUACUGAAUUGCCAUGUCAAGCCAUUGAUCGAGAUGGCACUAAUCAUCCGUCUAUUGAUUGGAAAAGGAAGGAUGGUUCUCCCUUACCCGAAGAACGUGCCACCAUCAAAGAUGGUACACUGACCAUAACAAAUCUCAUUGAAACAGAUCGUGGCAUGUACGAAUGUGUGGCAACUAAUGAAGCAGCCACUAUAACUGCGGAAACAGAAUUAAUGAUUGAGAAUUUAUCGCCAAGGCCACCAUAUAAUUUAACAGCAAAUAGUAGUGAAACUACCAUAACCAUACGUUGGCAACCAGGAUACUUGCGGCCGAAUCUCGAAUAUACUGUUUGGUAUCGUCUAACGGAUGCACCAGAAUGGCGUACAAUGCGUAUCGUACAAAAGAACGUUAUGGAAGCAACAAUACAGCAUCUGCAGCCGGGACGCGAAUAUGAAUUUAUGGUACUGAGCCAGGAUAAAUAUGGCGAUGGCAUGUUCAGUAAACAAUUUCGAUUUUCAACGCAACCAUCAUCGAAAGUAACAGCAGAUGAAGACAAUGUCGGCGUCGUAGAGUCUACUAGAGUGGAAUACACACAGCAUCGUGAACCCAGCAGUAGUAGUGACAACGACAUCGCUAACAACAACAAUCCUUCACCAAGUACGGGUAGCUUAAGUGCACCCUGGAAUUUAAGUGCCAUUAAUAAUCAACAAGGUUGGCUUCUACACUGGGAACAUCCACAGCAGGGGUUGGACAUGUUACGCCUCUAUACGGUACGUUGGUGGAAGGAACCGGAACAUCAUCUUGUUGGCACAGUCGAAACAUUUGACAAUUUCUAUCAAUUGCGACACCUCAAAGAGGAUUCCACAUUUAAAGUACGUGUAUUGGCCAUUUCCGCCGAUGGCGACCAAGUGCCGAGUGGUGAAUUAAUAAUUGAAGUGCCAUCGCAGCGUAAAAUGCGUGCUCUACUAAUUGGCAGCUCGAUUGGUGUCGCCUUUCUUUUGUGUGCACUGGUGGCCUUUUUGUAUGUGAAACGCAGCUGUUUGCUGCAUUUAUUUACCGGCGAUAUUGGCAGUGCUGGCAAAGAUGUUGGCAUUAAUGAUGGAUCCAUCGAGGAUGGUUGUGACAGCAGUGAACACACACACGAUACAGAAAAGAUAAAUAAUACCUGAGUGUACGAGAUAACGUGGCAGUUUCAGAAUUAAUACUUGCUGCUGCCUGCCUCUUUCAUUCUGUUGUUUGUUUGUUUUUGUAUUUUAAUACUUUUUUUCUGUGCUGCUUUAUUGUUUUUCCGAAUCGUUCACCAUUCAUGACAUGAAUAUACAUAUUUGUGUUUUUUUUCGAUAUUUAUGCCUUUUUCCCCGUAUAUGCCAAUGAUUAUGACAAUAAUGAUGUUAAGUUUGCCAUUCGCUUUAAGCUAGUAGUUACACUGUGCGUGUGUGUUUUUUUUUUUCAUUUUAUUUUUUAAUUUCUUUGAUUUUUCUUUUUUGUAUUUGUAUGUAUUUAUUAAUUUUUUGAAUUCCACAGCAGUAUUGGUAUUAUUUACCUUGGUUGUAAUCUGAUAUGAAAAUAAUAGUAUGUAGUUAUGUUGGUCUUCUUUGAAAUUACGAUAUUAUAAUUCGAAAUUAAUUUUAAAUAAAUAAGA